ACUCGGAUUAUACUGUUGCCUUGCUGCUCCUCAUAUAAUUUCCUCUAUCUUCAGUCGAUCGAAUCCUCAAAACACACAUCACUCACAAUGGUUCAAACACCCCAACAACGUCGCGCCAACGAGGCCUUUGCAAAGAAGCAAGAAGUCAAGCGUGGAAAGCCCGAACCCGUCAUCCAGAAGAAGGUCCCCCAAAAGAGCCCCAUCAGCAAGUUCUGGUUGUUCGCUCUUAUCUUCGUCGUCUGCGGUGGUCUCAUCGCCGAGCUGCUGCGUAUCAUUUCCGGUUACUUCUGAGCGACCGGUGUCAUGAACCCCUGAGAGACACUUCUCGAGGGGAGAUCGAGGGAAGAUGUACAACCACACGACUGCCUUGAGAGAAAGAGAGAGAGAGAAGAUGGAGUACCCAAGAGACCGAGCUGCACAGCGGCAUACAGGAUACCCUGCUACCUGCAAUAUUUUGAGUUGACAGAUCGCCUUUGCGACUGUCGCUGCAUUUCGUAUCGGAGUUUACGGCGUUAGUCUUUCAGACUCUCCCCUAAGUCGAGGAGGGUCAUAUUCUGUUCAAAGCGAUAGAUAUCAAGUUUUCACAUCGAGUC